AUCGCGACACAGUUUACCCAAUCCCACGUGACGCAAUUUCCUUUCAAAACAAUAUGGUGGUGGUGAAAGACGGGUUAACAACAUGCGUUUAGAAAAGUGCUAUUUCUGUUCUUCCACCGUCUACCCAGGUCACGGAAUACAAUUUGUUCGUAACGACUGUAAGAUUUUCAGAUUCUGUCGUUCAAAAUGUCACAAAGCAUUUAAAAACAAGAGAAACCCAAGAAAAGCUAAAUGGACAAAAGCAUUCAGGAAGGCUGCUGGAAAAGAGCUUGCUGUGGACCCAUCACUGGAAUUCGAGAAACGCAGAAAUGUACCUGUCAAAUACGAUAGAGAGUUGUGGCAGACAUCAUUAAAAGCAAUGAAGAGAAUUGAAGAGAUCCGAGUGAGGAGACAAAAUCAGUUCAUCCUGAACAGACUAAAGAAGGGCAAAGAACUCAGGAAGGAAGCUGAUGUGAAGGAGUUUGAAACAAACAUACACUUAAUCAGAGCACCAGCAGCCCGUGCCAAGAAACUAGAGAAGAAGAUGGUACAAGUAAUCCAGGAAGAGGACGAUGAAGAUAUGGAGGAAGUAUAGGGAUCAGUGGGUGGAUCUCACAGGAGUGGGGACUUGGGUCAUUACUUUCUGUUAUCAGUUUUAACUUUUGACAUUGUGCUGAAUGUGACCUUGGUUCUUUUAUCAUUAUUGAAAAUACACGUGUACAUAUAGAAGACUUUCCUUCUGUCACUGAAUUCAAUUCGCAAUUUUCAAAACUCAUUGCAAUUAAGUAUUUUCAUAAAUUGAAAGUCUGUCACUUUUAGAAAUAUGGCAGUGUUUAAUAAACUGAAAAGAAACAUA